AAAGAUAACCAGAUUUUAUUCAUAUCAACGUUUAUCGAUAAAUCUUAAACGAUAAAUUCAAUAUUCAUUAUCUGUUUACUUAAAUUAGAGCUACGAGAAAUACCUAUAUAUUGUAUGAUAAUAUUCAAGUGCAAUUAGUUUAUAAAUUAAAACAUGACAUAAAAUAAUUCCGAAUCAGUUCAAAUUGUUAAAUUUUUUAAAGAAUAUGGAGGAAAAGGAUAUUUUGUUGGAAGUCUAUCCGGAAAAGCAAGUCUCUAUUGAUAUGAGUGAUGGUCUUCUUAAAGAGGUACUGAAAAAUAACGUGGAACACUUAUUUCCUUUAUUAACUGAAGAAGACAUCAAACGAAAAUAUAAAGAAUUUAAGGGACACAAUAUCAUUACAAUUGCCUGCAUCAGAUCAGAGGUAACAGAACAAACAUUGGAAAAACUACUGGAGUAUGUAUUUGAUAGAUUUCCUCAAAUAGAUCUAACAAAUGAAAAGUGGUAUUAUUGGGAACCAAUUCAUUAUGCUGCUCAUAUUGUAGAUUAUAACAAAUUAAAAACAAUUUUGAAUAGCCCCUACAAAGACAGAAUAAAUGUAUUGUCAGUUUUUUCAGAAAAUGCAUUACAUGUGUUACUAGAAUAUGGAAAGAGAUCAAAAUCAUUCAACGUGGAUUUUUCGAACGGAUGGGAAAAAAAAACAUGUCGCGUCAUAUCUGAAGAGAAAGAUAAUUUAGUAAGAUGUGCUAAAGCUCUGAUCAAUGCAGGUAUAGAUGUAAACCACAAAAAUAUUUGGAAUGAAUCUCCAAUAAUUAUAGCUCUUAGAUACAGAUUUCUUAGGGUAUUAAACGUUCUUCAGUAUCAACCAAACAUUGACAUAGAUUCUUGCAAAGAUUUAGUACUUAAUAAAACAGCGCGGGAUAUAAUGAAAGAGAAUGAUAUAGACGUAAAUGGUAUUCCAUUCAGUGCUGCAGUGUUUAAUGAUCCAAGAAAUUUGCUUUUUACACUACUUAAGAGCAACAAUGAAGAUAGAUUCCUACGUUACAACAAUGAAGAUAUUAGGAAAUAUUCUAACUUCAUCGACGGUGAAAAAGAAACAACUACAAGUGGUAAUUUGUUACAACUAUGUCUCAUUAAAGGCUUUAUUGCCUAUCAGAAAGAAAAUCAUUCAAUGAACUUGAACAAAGACAUCAUGAAGACUAAAAUGCUUCGCGUAUUUUGUCACAAAGGAAUGGUGAAUAGUGUAGAACACUUACUUGAUAAUGACGCAAUGGUAAAACAGAAUAACAGAAUGUUUCAUUAUUUAAACACCUUCCAACUCGCAGUAAAGCUAAGUUAUUAUCCAUUUUUGGUAAUGGUAUUUCAACAUAGAUCAAAUCAAAUACAACCACCUGACAUUUUGGAUGUAUUAAAAGACGUUAAUAGGCCUCCUUUUGAUCCAGACAACUAUUAUUCCAGACAUGUUCUCUUUUUACUGUUAUGCAAGCUGGACACUUUUUACGACUCUUGCUCCCUAAGCAUUAAUUAUGACUAUGUCAAUAGAUUAAAUGAUGUCUUGGAUUUCUGUAUGGAAAACAAUAAAGGCAACAUGUAUGAUGAAGUUAUCUACCUGGCUCUGCGAUUAGGAGCUCAAUUAUGUGACAGAAAAGAUGUCAAGACUGAUCCCAAAUUAGAACUUCUAUCUUGUGAAAUCUUAAAUAAUCAUCUAGAUCAGUGUAUAGGUGUUGAUAAUAAAAUAUGUUAUAAUAGUAUAGUGUUUGAUGAUGAGAAUCACUAUUCUGAAGUUGAUGUUGUACGCAGACUAUAUCACAGUAACAAAACAAGUGAGCUACUUAAUCAUCCAGUACUUAUUAACUUGAUCCACGAAAAAUGGACUAAAAGCAAACACGUAUUUUAUUCAAAUUGUAUUCUUCAUUGUAUAUUUUUGGUUGUAUUGUAUAUCUACAUGGUUUCUUUGCAGAUAAAUGCCGUUUCUCAGAUUUUAUUCUGUGUAUUUUGUUCUUUUGUGACUUUUUUAACAUUAAUGGAGUUGUUUGAAAUGUAUAUCUACAGUUUUAGAUAUUUUUGGGACCCUAUGAACUACAUUGAUCUUUCAGUGCUGUCUUGUAGUAUUUACAAUAUUUAUUUUAAGGAUGAAAGAGCGAUGGUAACAGCGAUAUUGCUAUAUACCAUUAAAGUUUUAUUGAUUCUUGGGCAAAUACCAAGAUUUACUAAAUACAUGAUCAUCUUUAGUUCAACGAAAUACUUUUUCGAAUAUGUUUUAUUCUACUUCAUCCAAUUCUUCUCCUUUGCUUUGUGUUUCUUUAUUUUGUUAACGCCAGAAUCUGAAUUCAAUGCAUUGGGGCAAAUUUUCGUAAAACUAUUUGAAAGUCUGUUUUUCUUUAUAGGGCAGUAUGAUGGAGAAAUAGCUCAUCCCAUUAAUUUUCCUAUUUUUUCCCGAUUAAUAAUUACUCUGUUCUUAUUUUGCAUGACGUUAAUUCUCAACAACCUACUGGUAGGAUUGAUUGUAACUGAUAUGGAUAUACUUCAAAAAAGGGGCAAGUUGAUGCGUCAAUUAAAAAUGGCAAAAUACGUGGUCAGGGUGGAAAAGUUCAUGAGAACCUUCAAAAAAUGUUCGUUAAAACGGUUAUGCCCGGAUACGCGUCUGUUCCACAUGGGCCAACAGAAACAUCUUCAGUUAUCCAUGGACAUAUUGGACGAAGAGGAUAAAGAAUACCUAAAUAAAAUUGAUAGAAGCAAGAAGUCUUCCACAAGCAUUUUAGCUGCCUUACACGAUUUCAUAGUAAAACAAGUAGAUGUAGAGCCAAAACACAAGCAGGACUCAAAAGAAAUUUUAGAAAAAUUAAUUAAGUUAGAAGAGCAACUAAAAAAAUUGAAACUAUAAUGUUACCUACUUUUUUUACUGUAUUAGAUUUAAGAAAAACAACUUUAUUGUAUUGGACUGAGUUUACGUUUGUACUUAUUUCUACUUAA